AUGUGCCGUCCUGGGUUCUCGCUCGCAGAGCCGCUCGACCCGGCUGCAUCGCCCGGCCGCUGCCCCGACGACGGGCGCAAUCGGCGCCCAGCUUUCCUCCCCACGGCUGCUUCGGCGGUGCUGGGCCGAUCCAUCUUGGCCACGCAGCCCUCCCCCCCGGCAGGCAAGGCCCCGCGAGAACCGCGUGAGCCCAGGGCCGAGGCUUUGUCUCGGCCUAUAUUGCGUCUUGUGCGCCCCGUGCAAUCUCGGCAGGACCAGUUCGAUUGGCCGUCCAGGGCCUCGGAUCCGACCCACUCGCAAACUGCCGCUGCCGUGGCCGGCGACCUCAGCACCCAGCAUGCGCGCCUGCAGGCCGUCCUCUACAACCUUGCUGGCGGAUUUCAGUGUCUGUGGCUGCGGGUGGGAGCGCUGCGUCUGCUGUCGCCCUUGUGCAUUUCCUCGGCGCUCGCCCAGCAAUCCAGCCAGCUCGGGUGUGCUCGCCCACGCCCAAGAGCCACCCUCUGUUCAGCCCUGAGCCUCCGCCUCGCCUCGCCUCGUCUCGCCAAAAGUGCUCACCCUUGCACAGCACAACACCGUGUCUGGUCGGGCUUGCCCUGGGCCCGUCUGCUGAACCGGCACUGGCCGUUGUUUCCCACGUUCGUCGUCGACUGGAUAGCCUAA